AUGCCUUCGUCAAAUGUUGGUUUAUUGAUCGGUGACAUUGGUGGAACAAAUGCCCGUCUACAAUUAUGGUCCAUAUAUCCCUCCCUUCACAAUGUUUUUCGUUCUACUUAUCGUACAUUUGAUUAUAAUAGUUUAGGCGAGAUUAUCAAACGUUUUAUCGUCGAUUCCAGUACUUGUUUAAAAAUUUCAAAAGCUGUACUUGCUGUAUGUGGUCCAAUAUAUAAUAAGAGACGAAGUAACGAUCCGAAUAAUGUUGUGAUGAGAGAUGGUAGUCGAUGGCUUCAUCAACAUGCUGAUCAGGUAGAAAUUGAGAGUGGUAUGGAACGAGGUUCACUAUUGUUCUUAAAUGAUUUUGAAGCUAUUGGUUACUCAGUUGCCGCCUUACAUGAUCAGAAGUCAUCGGCAUCAUGCAAACCAGAAAACAUUAUUGUUUUACAUUCGGGAGAAGUCAAAUAUAGCGCACCAUGUGCAUGUUUAGGUGCUGGAACUGGUUUAGGUGCCUGCUAUCUCGUUCCACGUUUAGAUACUCAACAGUAUGCCGUUUAUCCAUCGGAAGCAGGCAUGACACAAACAUUUUGUCCUAAAAGUGAUGACGAGUGGGCAUUAUUAAAAUAUAUUAGAGAAAAUUCAAAUGAUCCAUUUCUAGAAAUUGAACGAUUUGUAUCCGGACCAGCAUUUGUAGAAUUCAUCGACUUUUUUUCCAAACACAAAAACAUACAAUUAUUACCCACAUUAGAUCAUGAAUUAAAAAAUGCAUCAAAAGACGAAGGACCUGCAAUUAUAGCACAACAUGCUCAACGUGGAGAUGAAUUGUGUCUGAUGGUAGUGGACUUAUUUUUAGAUAUAUUUGGUCGUACACUAGGUACUGCAGCUCAAACAUUUCUUCCCUAUUCUGGUCUCUACAUAGUUGGUGGAAUAUUACCAAAACUUGCAUGGAGACUGAAAGACAGAAAUUUAAUUGUAAAAUCGUAUUUAGAUCAAGGUGAUAAAAUGUCAGAAACUGUCGCUCGUAUACCGUUGUUAUUAAUUGAUGAUGAUGAUUUAGGUUUGAAAGGAUGUUUAUAUGCAGUGAGUACAAGUGGGAUAUUACUAUCUCAAGAUUGA